AUGGCCGUGAGCGGGGGGAGGUGGACGCGGGUGCGGACGCUGGGCCGCGGCGCGUCGGGGGCGGAGGUGUUCCUGGCCGCCGACCACGAUUCCGGGGAGCUGUUCGCGGUCAAGUCCGCGCCGGCGUCGUCGGCGGGCGCGGAGCUGCUGCGGCGGGAGCGGGGGCUCAUGGCGGGGCUCCGCUCGCCGCACGUCGUCCCCUGCAUCGGCGGCCGCGGCGGGCGCGACGGCUCGUACCAGCUCUUCCUCGAGUUCGCGCCCGGCGGGUCGCUGGCCGACGCCGCGGCCAGGAAUGGCAGGCGUGGGCUCGACGAGCGCGCCGUCGCGGCCUACGCCGCCGACGUCGCCGCGGGCCUCGCGUACGUCCACGGGGCGGGGCUCGUGCACGGCGACGUCAAGCCGCGGAACGUCGUCAUCGGCGGCGACGGCCGCGCCAAGCUCGCCGACUUCGGGUGCGCGAGGAUGGCGGCCGACGGCGACGGGCCGAUCGGCGGCACGCCGGCGUUCAUGGCGCCGGAGGUGGCGCGAGGGGAGGCGCAGGGCCCGCCCGCCGACGUCUGGGCGCUCGGGUGCACCGUCAUCGAGAUGGCCACGGGCCGCGCGCCGUGGGCCGGCGUGGACGACGUGCUCGCCGCGGUGCGCCUCAUCGGGUACACGGAGGCCGUUCCGGAGGUGCCCCGGUGGCUGUCCGCGGAGGCCAAGGACUUCCUGGGAAGGUGCCUGGCGCGGCGCCCCAGCGACCGGGCCACGGCGGCGCAGCUGCUCGAGCACCCGUUCAUCGCCUACGCCGGCAGCUGCGACCGCCAGGCGGCGCAUGACGCCGCCAAGGGCAGAUGGGUGUCGCCCAAGAGCACGCUGGACGCGGCAUUCUGGGGGUCCGACAGCGACGACGACGACCACGACGUCGUGUCGGCACAGAGCACCGCCGAGAGGAUCGGGGCGCUGGCCUGCCCCGCUUCGGCGCUGCCGGACUGGGACUCCGACGAGGGCUGGAUCGACGUGCUCUCCGCACCAGCCGAAGCAUCGUCGUCCGACGCAACGAACGCGCCGGCGGACGAGGACGUCCCUUGCGUCGACGGCGGCGGUGCCGGAAGCGAGGAAGAAGUGGUGAGGGCAGAGGCCGCCGAGCCCCUCGACAUUGACGUUGACGGCGCCCACAAUGUAGGAGAAACCGACGCUUCACCUGAUCACGAGUGGCAUCUCCGUGUGAAUUCACCCUGUGAUGGUGAAACUCCAUGUAAAUUACUGUGUGACACAAACAAUGCAAUGGAUUUCGUUCUUGCCCCAAUUUUGCUCUGUUCACCCCAAUUCUGGAUUUCCAGAAUUUUUCUCUUUCCGUUUUCAAAAAAAUCCUUCCUUUCUGGCAUAAGAAUCGCUGGCGCGAACAUUCCUGUUAGCUGCUUCUAA